UGCAGCACAGGAAGAGGGGGAGUUUAAUCCACCAAAAUUUCCCUUCUCAUGUAAAAUAAUUAUCCCCUCUGUACAAAGGAGCCUGGAUCACAACUGAUGUGUUUAGCUUGUGUUACAGCUCCAGUCAGAAUUCUCACUGCAACACCUCAAAAGUUAGAAAUCACACCUUUUGUACAAAUUACCCCAGAUUUCCCACUUUCUAGUUUCAGUGUCAUUGCUUAAAUCAUAUGGAAGGUUCAUAAGCAAGGUAAGCCCCAGUUAAGUAGGCAUAGAGGAAGAAGCCACUUAAAUCCUAGUAUUUUUAGUUUUCUAAUUGUAUUUUAUUUAGCAGUAUUAUGACAGGUUCUUGUUCAUUAGGGAAACGUUCAAUAAUCUCAAGAGUGAUGAUGAGGAAUGUCCACCUAGGCCUAGCCUAAGAGGAUAAUGGGAAAGUGAGGAAUAUCUGCUGUGAACACUUACUAUUGGUUAGAAUUGCAACCUAAAAUAAAAUAACAAUAGCCAUAGCCCAUCAGUGACAAUGACGCAGCAUUGCCCAUGACUCAUCUUCUUUACAGAAGACCAAGGUUUGAAAUGAAGGUCGCAGAUUUUGCCCUUUCAGGCACCAGCUUCUGAAGAGGCUGCCAAUGUCCCAGCUGCCUCGAGGCUCCUUGACAGCCCCCAAACCCGCCACGUGUGCCUUCGACAAGGAUACUGUACACGGCUGCGUGACGAGCAGCCACACGCGCUUCCAAACCCGCGCCUGCCACAUAACGUAUAAAGAGCAAUCGCGUGCAGCGCCUGCGGCCGCCCUUCGUUCUUUUCUGAGGGGAGGAGCCGCGGCUGACAAGGCGAGAAGGGCUUUACGGUUUAGGAGAAACGCGCUUCGAGAGUUAGGGGCUUGUGGGCGGGGAAGAGCCUCUCGGCCUCCUCCGGGGAGGAAGACGCGCAGGCGUCAGGCCUCGUGACCAGCCGGGAGCCGAAGCAGGAGGCGGCGCUGCUGCCUCUACUCGAGAGGCGGGAGCAGAGCCGGGAAAGGGGAGGGCCGCGUCUUCAGCCUCGCUGCCAGUCGCCGCGCUCCUGCCCGGUCCUUUCUGCCUGCUGCCGCCGCCGCCGCCGGAAUGGCGCUGAGCUUGACGGUGAACCCCUCGGACGUCCCUCUCGGUAAGGGCUGCCCCUCUUUUCCUACACGGGAUUUGGACGCCGGAGGAGGCCAGCGGGCAGCCCCUCCGGUGGGGCUGGUGGAGAGGGGCGUGUGGCUGCCAUGUUGCGUCAGGCGGCGGCGGCGUCGUCUCGCCCGUCCAUUCAUCCUCCCGCUCGCCCGCCUGGCAGCGGGGACGUUUCCAAAGCCAAGGGCAGAGCGAGACGCGCCUCGCCGCAUCCCCCCUGGGCCGAGGGAGAGAGGGUCGAGGCGGGCGAAAGGGGACGGAGGGCAGAGGGGGUGGGCGAGAAAGGGCUUGAGAUGGUGGGAAGAGGCCGGCAAGGGCAGUCAGAUGUGAAACUGGAAGCUCGAGAACCAAAUACCCAAUCUGGAGUAACAACCAUGCAUAUGGAGACAGAACAUACCCAUAAUCCACCUGCCAAAAGUGAAUUUGUAGUUGUCAGCUGCGUUAUUUUAAAUGGGAGUCUCCCUUCCCUUCAACCACACAUAAGCAGGGAAAGGGAGAAAGGGGGUGGGCUGGUGGGUGGGCCGAGCUCGACUGAAAGGGGCUGACACGUGGCGCCGAGCUGGAUAGCUGGAGGAUCUUCUAAUCUGGAGUAUAUAUAGGCCACAAGCAUCGGAACCUGGCGUGCCUGGGACUCCGGAUUAGUGAUUCCUUCACCCUUCACAGCCACCCUGUUCAAUAACAAUCGGGGUCAUCGAAAAUAAUGCAUGGCCACUUUGAGUGGCACCGGACUUAAUGAUCAGAAAAGGCACCUCACUCCUUCACUGUAGAUCCUUACAGUCUAUACGAUGUGUAGAUGCCAUCAAGCAGAACCAAACCCAGGGAGUCUCUCUCUCUAUAUAUGAAAUUCUAUAAAUGCCAUUUCGUUAGUGAAUUGGCACUGCUUUUAGACAUAGUGAGGCGUAGCUCAGAAGGAUUUUAUGCUCAGUCAUGGGAUUUCUGUAUUGUAAUUAUAGCUUCUCAUCCUGCCUCCUGAAAUAACUCCAGUGUAGUCUUGAAUAGUGUGCACUUGCCUGCAAUAACACUCCUUAAUAAUACUGCAAGUUCAACAUGUUAAAUAUUGUUCUACUUAAUAUAAGUAAAGUUAAAACAUUCAUAUUUUGUUGUGCAACUUGAUCCUAAGAAUGCUUACUGAGAAGUAAGCCCCACUGAAAUAAAUAGGCUUACUUGCAAGCAAGUGUGCCUAUGCUAUGGACACAAUGCAGGAAGGUGCUCACCCAGAAAGAAUGCUUGUGUGUUCCUCUCUUUGUCCCUCUUUUUAAAAAAGCCAAAACCAAAACCUUGACCUGAAAUAAUAUGAAUGCAUGAAUGCUGAGUUAGGCUGCAAGUCUUUGUAGAAAAACACUGAGUAUUUUAACAGUGUGGUCCUAUGCAAGUUUGUUCAGACAUUCCUCUUAAUUUUACAGGACUUACACCAAAUAAUUUUGAACUUUAAUCUAAUGCACACUUACUUGGUAUAUUGAAGCUAGUGGUACUUAUAGAAGUGUCAAAGCUGCACAGUAACAAAAUGAUAAACAUAACUUAAGUGAAAUUGAGGAUCUUUUGGUUAGAUUCACUAAAACUGUAACCAGGACUUACUGCCAAAUAGACAUGCAUUGGAAUUUUAUGUUUUUUAAAAUUAAGAUAAAUCUUGUAAAUAAGCCACAAACAGUUACUAGCCUGAAAUACUUGUUUUACUAUCUUGCUUUGGGCUAGUAGAGGAGUGACAGAGUUCAUUGCCUCCUGCAGCAACCCUCUGCAUUUCUAGCUGAUUGUGAAGGAGGGGCUUCCCUCUGCCUGCUUGGUUGGGAGGAGCAAUAGGAAACUUCAUCCCUCUUGUACCAGCCUACUCACCUGCAAGCAGUUCUUGUCACCUAUAGCUACCAGGGGAGUGCUUAAAAUCCAAGUAUCCAAAAUUUUUAGACAGAUGUGACCUUAACAGCAGUCCUUGGAAGUUUAGAACUGUUAGUGUGUAUUCCAGACAAACAGAAUAGCUGCUUUAGGUUUAGGUUUAACCUGCUCCCAUUGAAAUCUGCAGGGCUUAAAGAUAAAGAUUUCUUUGGAUCAUGCAUUUAGUAUAGUGUUGUGGUGCAGCACUUUGAAUUUUGAGAUAGUGCUGGUAAGUGAAUUUACAGCCAUUCCCUACUGAGGUCAUUACUGUAAACUAGUCAAGGCUUUCCCCUUCUAUUCAACCCUAAUUGCUGCCAGGAAAAAUAGCCAACAGGAAUAAACCGAUUUCUUUCCUGAGAGUAUCGGUCUUCAAGUGAUGAGGGAAGUGUUGAGUUUAAUCUCAAUCCCUUCAAAAAAUAUGAUUAUGAAAUAUUUCCUCUUUUAAUCAACAAAUACUGUAUUUUAGGAGCCUUGCUUACUGCAGAACAUGUGAAGGAUCAUGUUAAAAUUUCAGUUGAAGAAGGCCAAGAGAACAUUCUACGGGUAUCUGAGUAAGUGCCUUGUAUCUUUGCCAUUAGUGCUUUUAAAAGUCAAUUUAUAUAUUUAUGCUGUUAAGUGGAAGGCAGAAGAAAGGGUAAUAUGAUUUAAUGGUUGCUUGUGGGAUCAAUAUUUAGCCAUCUCACUUCUUUGCUCCUGUUUAACCUCUAUCUUCUGUAUUAUAAAGCUAUUAUAUGUGUUUGUAUAUAUUCACAUACUGCUCUUUUUUAUUGCUACUUUUUAUGUAAAAAACCCUUUCUUACACUUUUGGCGAGCUUCUUCAGUUCUUCGUUAAACUGAGUUUGGAGUGGUAUUCUUAAUAAAAUUAAUUUAGGAAUUCUCCUGUUUGUCAUUAUUUUGUUUUUGCUAUCUUUAUUAGGCUUAGAAUCCAUUUUUAUCUGUUUUAGCACCCGACAACUAAAAUAGUAGUAUUCUUACUGUAAACUAAUUGAUUUAAAUCAGUUGUGCAAUUUGUAUUUCACUUCCCGUCUUCUCCCCUCCUCCCCCAAACAAUAUUUCAUUAUAAAUGGUUACCGCAAUUUAGUUUGGUAAACAUACUGGCUGUUUCACCACUCUUUGUCCCUUCUUCAUAUUCAAAGUAAAGGGGCAGACACUGGUUCACUCAUUUCUAUGAGCUAGUUGUGAAUAAGGUAGAUACAGGGGCACCUUCCCCAUCAAGAAGCACGGACCAGAGAUGAGCAGCAUCUGCCUCUCUUCAUUCCAAGUAGAAAAAUGCUAGUUUUUAAGUUCGGAAUAGUAAAAAGGAAGAUUGCCCUGAGCAUAUCUAUCUAUCUCCUGAUUAUUAUUAUUAUUAAAAAAAAACAUUUUCAUGUUGCCACCUUUCUUGCUUGUUAGUUAAUUGAACAUCAUCAAACUUCCUAUGGUUUUUCUUCUCAAGUAACAAGAAUUAGAGUAGCGCAGCAAAUUAUAAAGCUCUAAAAAGGGACAGACACUUAAUUGAUCUUUUUAUUAUUUGGUAGAAAGCCCAUUAGUUCAUUUAAAAAUAACUUACUAUGCUGCUUUUAUGAUCCAUCCUAAUGCAAUUGUAUUUCAGUCUGGAGAAGCUCAUGUAUUUUUCUUUCUCUCCCCCCCCCCCCUUAAAUAGUCAAGUUACAUUUACAGAUGUGAAUUCCAUAGCUCGCUAUCUGGCUAGAAUUGCCACAUCUGCUGGAUUAUAUGGAUCUAAUUUGCUGGAACACACUGAGGUAUGAAUCAAUUGUUUAUAUUUGAGAUUGCCUGUUCGAUUAUUCCCCCCACUAUUUGAUUAAUACCUUAAAUGUUGCAGAGUGUUAUUAACUGAAUGAUGUGUAGGCUGUGUAUUUCUUUUAAUAUUUUCCUAAUGGCAAUGGGUGGUAAUCAACUAAGUUUUAGUUCAAAGUAGUCCCACUUAAAUUAGUGAACUGCAUUUCACGCUGUGUGUGCGGCUGCCCUUGAAAAUGGUGCAAAAUGUGGUGUCUUGACUCCUCCCUGGAACAGGAUAUCGCCAACAUGUUACUCCACUGUUGAAAGAAUUUCACUGGCUGUUAAUUAAGAUAAAGGACCUCUGACAGUUAAGUCCCGUUGCGAAUGACUCUGGGGUUGCGGCGCUAAUUUCGCUUUACUGGCCGAGGGAGCCGACGUUUGUCCACAGACAGUUUUUCCGGGUCAUGUGGCUAGCAUGACUAAGCCGCUUCUGGCGAAACCAGAGCAGCGCACGGAAAUGCUGUUUACCUUCCCGCCGGAGCGGUUCCUAUUUAUCUACUUGCACUUUGACGUGCUUUCAAACUGCUAGGUGGGCAGGAGCAGGGACUGAGCAUCGGGAGCUCAUCCCUUCGUGGGGAUUCGAACCGCCGACCUUCUGAUCGGCAAGCCCUAGGCUCUGUGGUUUAGACCACAGCGCCACCCACGUUAAUUACCUACUAAGAAAAGCUCUUUGUGCUGGUUUUAGUGUGGGAGGCAUAGUACCUCUGGCAGGGGACUCGUCGUGCUUCUUCUGGGGUAGUUUCUUCACCCUUGGUCCCUACCCUGCACUCGGUUCUCCUCUGUGGCUCCUAGAAGCUGUCAGGAUGUGACAGCAGCUACACACCAGGAGUGGCUUCAACUGGCUGGCUAAACCAGAUGAGAGUAGCUAAUGGGUCUCAAACCCUCAGUGCGUUAGGGACCUUCCGUGCAUGCGAAGAUAGGCUCCAGCAGACUGAGUGGCUGAGACCAAUAGUUGGUUUUCGGUAGAUCUAUACUGAGUAAAACUUAGAUUAAUAGCACCCAGUGUAUGAUUUUUGUGAUGGCUAUAAACAACACUUUUAUAUAACUUGUUACAAAAUAUUUAAGCAAAAACAACUCCCUUCUUUUACAAAGGUUGACCAUUGGAUGGAGUUCAGCACCACAAAGUUGUCUUCUUCCACCAGUUUUGCUUCAGCAGUUCAAGAGCUCAAUAACUGCCUUUCUCUGAGAACUUAUUUGGUUGGGAACUCUUUGAGUCUUGCAGAUUUCAGUGUCUGGGCAACACUAAAAGGUAAAUAAUAUAGAAAAUGUGCUAAAAUUGCAGGACCUUGAUAACUACUCAUUUAUGUAUUACAUUCACCAAAGUGUUAAUAUCUAUUGAAAUUUAAAUCCAAAGAAUUCUCUUCCUAUUUUUACAUACUAGUAAAUUUAGUGAGACCAGCCGUUUUUCUUCUUUUUGCUGUGGGAGAUGUUCUGUAAUUUUAUUGUUUUAAUGUAAUAGCUGUUUUAAAUAGAUUGUUUUAAUUAAUAGUUGCUCUGGAAGCACUUUUAGGAUUGAAGAGUUAGAUAUAAAUGUUAGAUUAAAUAACAUAUAAUGUUUUUGCAUGAAUUAAAUUCUGCAGCAUAAUAGGUUGCAUACCUCAUUUUUGUUAUAUGAAUGAAAGUAACUCUAUUCAUGGAAGGCUACAACCCAUGAAAUCUACAGAUCUGUUACAUUAUUGUUUAAACAGCUUUUCCAACUGUGUUUUUACCAUUUUUGCCAGUGAAUUAUUUUGUAAUGUGAUACGACUUUCCCCCCAAAAUUGCAUAUGUUUGCGGAGACCUGUACACCUGAACAGCUCAGUGAAUGCAUCUAUUCUGUGCCCUCCCUAAAAUUAAAGUGUAGAAUUUGAUUUUUUUCUAGAGGUGUGUUCUCAUAGCUGAGCUUCUAAUAUUGAUCUGUGCUGAUGUUUGGUGUGAAUCAUGUCAGUAAGAAAUCCUGCCAAACUGUCUGCUUCCUAAUGUUUAAUAAAACAUAGCUUUUCCCCCAAUAGGCAGCAGUGCAGGGCAAGAGCUGUUACUUCAUGGUAAAGCUCCAGUUCAUGUAAAACGCUGGUACAACUUUCUUGAAACACAGCAUGUUUUCCAGUCAGUAGGUUCCAGGUGGACUGUGGGAGCUGCUAUUCCAAAGACUAAAAUGGUAAGCUUUUUGCUGAUUAGGCAUUUCUGGCUCAUAUUCUACCAGAGUUCUGUCAUCUAAGGGUGGAUGUAAAUGAUUUUAUCUGCAAAGUGCUGAGCAGAAAAGGUCACAAUGGGCUGCUGCACAUCUGAGACGCAAAAGAUCUGAAUCAGCAGUGUUGUUAGCACAGUUUUCAAAAGAAGAAUGGGAAGAAAUUAAAAGCUUGCUCAUUACUUUGUGACUUUUUGGUUGGUCCUUAUAAAAGGUAUCGCACCAUUGUUGCUUUUAGAUUUUUUUUUCUAGUAGACCAGCACAGCUAACAGCAGUUUUUGUCUUUCUGUGCAAUGUAGUCUAUACAGUGGUACCUUGGGUUACAGAAGCUUCAGGUUACAGACACUUCAGGUUACAAACUCCGCUAACCCAGAAAUAGUACCUAGGGUUAAGAACUUUGCUUCAGGAUGAGAACAGAAAUCGUGUUCCGGAGGCAUGGCGGCAGCGGGAGGCCCCAUUAGCUAAAGUGGUACCUCAGAUUAAGAACAGUUUCAGGUUAAGAACGGACCUCAAGAACGAAUUAAGUUCUUAACCCGAAGUACCACUGUGUUGGAUGUAGUGCUCAAAGUACAAUAAAAAGCAAGUUAAAGAAACAAACAUAUUCAGUUUAGAAUUGAACUGUUAAGAUGCAAGCUUUAACUAAUAUAGUUGUGCCACUCUAACAGCCUUGUCAUGUUUCGGCUUAGGGAUUUGCUCACAGUAGCAAUCAGUGGGAAAGGACAGGGACACUUAUCUGACCUCCUGUCACUGACUUCACUGUGUUUUCUGGGAUUGGUAGGGAGGUCAGCAUGGUGCAAACUCACCAGCAGGAGCUCUGGAUUGACUCCUUUGCUGCAUUUGCACUGCGCCAACCUUUCUGCUGCCUCAGUCCUCUCCCUCCUGGUAAUCGCAGUCUUGUAACGGAAGGUCAGAUAAGCACCACCACUUCUCCCUGCUGACCACUGCGGUCUGUUCAGUAACAGAAAGAUAAUACUGGAAGGUCCCCAUUCUAAAUGCUGGGGGCACAAGGGGGGGUAGAGCUGCCAGGGGAAUGAGGUGGCAGAAAAAUCCUCUUCUGCCAGCUGCCUUUUCUCUGGAUCCAGCCCAUUGAACUUGUGCUGCUGUUAAUAGAGCCCAUCUCAGAUAAUUAUUUAGUCGCUCAGCUGUUACUGCUAACUUAGUUUUCAUAAUAAAAGUCUGUGUGUUUCUGUGCUCAGCUUGUGAUUUAAUAAUUUCAUUCAUUGUUUUAAUUUUAAGGCAGCAGAGAAGAAGCAAGAUGUUGGGAAAUUCGUUGAACUCCCUGGAGCAGAGAUGGGAAAAGUCAUUGUUAGAUUUCCUCCUGAGGCAAGCGGGUAAGUUGACAUUUGUAGGUUGGUGUGUGUAAGGACUUUUAAACCCACACUCUUUUCGCAGUGUGAAAGAUAGAGAAUGGAUUUUCUCUUGUAAUUUUCAUAAGGAAAGGAGAAUUUAAAAACUAUGUUACUUUUAAAUUACUUUCUAAAGCGUGUUCUUUUGUAUGAAACUGCUUAUCUUUAAAUGCCCUUCUCAUGUAGCUGAAAAACGUAUGUGCUAAACAUGAAGGAAAAUAAAAUACAUUUUGAGAGUUUGAUUUCCGUCUCAUUCUGUCCUGGGAAACUUCAGUGUUCUGCAAGAUUGCUGUUAGCUCACAUUUCUUUUAAUUGGAAAAUGUAAAGAUUCGCAAUAUUUGUGUUUUAUCAGUGAAAUAUUUUUAGCUUACAUAGGCCUGUAUCCCAAUAACUGUGAGUGGAGCUUCACUUAAGGGAUAGGGCUUUCCUUUCCCUGCUCCCUUCCUUCUGGAGCCUCUUGCACUUUUCUGAGCUUUUUUGAUGAUGAUCAGGCUAUAGAAUGGUUUUUGCCAUAUCAAUUAUUGAGUAUCGUGGUUGGCAUUUGUCUUGAAAGUGAUAUAAAGUGUACCUUAAACAAACAAAUGGUGAUGUGUGCAUGUGCAAUUCCUAAGCCACUGACAUCAAACAUUAACUUGGACUGAGUCCAAAAAAAUUGGAUUCUGUUCUCAAGAGGCUAUGAAGUUAUGACUUGAAAGAAAAAGUUUUAAGUUUUUUUUAUGUUAAACAAAACAUACUUUACAGCAACAAUUAAAGAAGGGAAAUACUAAUACUUUGCCUCUUCCUUUGGUGUGCUCUAUGUUUUACUUUACUUUCCCCUUGUAGCCAACGUUCUUUUCUUCUUGACAUUAUUUUCUGCCUAGAUACUUGCAUAUUGGACAUGCAAAAGCUGCUCUGUUGAAUCAGCACUACCAGGUCAACUUCAAGGGUAAACUGAUCAUGAGGUUUGAUGAUACAAAUCCAGAAAAAGAAAAAGAAGAUUUUGAAAAGGUAUCUUUUCAUAUUAUAUCUCAUUCUGGGUCUCCAAUUGUUUUGAUUUCUAUACAGUUCUGUUUGUUAACUAUGGAGUGGGUGGGGACACCUCACAUAACACAAAGGAUAUCAUUCACACAGGUGCUUUAGGAAUAGCCUGGGACUGAGCCUAAGUCCUUUCCACCCAAAUGUUGUCCUUGAUUUUUUCAGCAGACAGUUGGCUGUUUGGCCUCACCCAUGUGCUUCUAGGCUUUCAAAAGUUACCUUGGGUGAUGUGGGAUGAAACAACAGAAAAGAAAAGCUCAUUGCACUGGAAUAAAAUAUGAACAGAGCUAGAGAAGAUCUCUCUUUUAUGGAUUUAUUUGAUUUACAAUGCAAACUAUGAAAUAAACAGUACAGAGCCUGAUUCAUUGUGAAGCUGAGCUUCUAAAAAGUGUUUUUUAAAAGACCACAUUGAUAGCAAAUGAACCUCUCAUUGACUCUCUCACCCCAAUGCAUAUGCAUUAAUAGUGCUAAGAAGCCAAGUGGGCUUGCUAUAAUUGCACUGAGGAUCUUGCUCUUCGCUUUGAUUGCUCUGGUUCCCCCCUAAGAUGACCUAUUCAGAAGGAAACAGUGGCUAAUGGUAUCACAAGGUACUGAGAGGUUGAAAUUGCCAGUGAGUUCUAGGAUAUCCUCAUGAACAAUACAGAAAUGCAAAAAUUGUUUUCUCUGGAUAAAUUAAGGAUUUAGAGAUUUCAAAGUUCUUUUGUAGAGCUCUUUAAGCAACCGCAACCCCCAAAGACCUACUGGAUCAGGUGAAAAUACGGAUCAGGUGAAAAAGGCAAGAUCUGUCAGUGAGAGGACUUAAUACUAGGAUUUUUGUAUAUCAAGUUAAUCCUUUCAACAUUUAUAUCUUCAGGUUAUCUUGGAAGAUGUUGCAAUGCUGCACAUCAAACCAGACCAAUUCACAUACACUUCGGAUCAUUUUGAAACAAUAAUGAAAUAUGCUGAGAAGCUCAUUCAUGAAGGGAAGGCUUAUGUAGAUGAUACGCCCGCAGAACAAAUGAAAAUGGAACGAGAGCAAAGAACAGAGUCCAAGCACAGAAAUAACUGUAAGAUGCUUUUCUGGCUUCCAUCUCUAUUUGCUUUGUUAAUUAGUUGCUUAGUUGUUGUUACUAUUGUUGUUGUUGUUAUCAUCAUCAUUUAUUAAAUUUGAAUACCACAUAAAAAUACAAAAUGAGAACCCAAAAUACAUAACAAUAACAAAAACAAAUCAAUAACCCCCUUCCCACCAACACAUUUAGAAGGACAUAGAAUGCUAAUCAGCCCAAGGCCUGUUUGAAGAGGAAUAUUUUUGUCUGGUGCGUAAAGAUAUGUAAUGAAGGCACCAGGUGAGUCUCCCUUGGGAGAGCAUCCACAAAUGGGGAGCCACUGCAGAAAAGGCCCAUUAUUGUAUUGCCACCCUCUGGACCUCUCAUGGAGGAGGCACACAAAAAUGGGCCUCAAAUGAUGAUCUCGUUAAUUUUUUGCAUAUGUAGUUAAAAGAUCAUCAUGUUGUAGAUCUGGGAAAAACCUCUAAGAUCCUGGAGAGAUGCUGCCAGUCAGAAGAGACAAUAGUAGCUAAAUAAAUCAAUGGAAUUUCAGGUGAGAAAAUGUUAAACUCUUUAGUUAAAGUCAUUGCCAAAAUACCUGCUAGGCUAGAGUUGCUGUCAGUUUUAGCUCCGUUCUUGUUGGAGGUGUCUCACUUUUGGUAAAUAAUAUUUCAUAGUACCAGAGCUGGGUUAUUAAAUCUAAACUAAAUCUUUGCCGUUUUAUAGCUGUUGAGAAGAACUUCAAAAUGUGGGAGGAAAUGAAAAAGGGAACGGAAUAUGGGCAGACCUGCUGUCUACGAGCAAAAAUCGACAUGAGUAGUAACAAUGGAUGCAUGAGGGACCCAACUCUUUAUCGCUGCAAAAACCAGCCACAUCCACGAACAGGAAAUAAGUACAAGUAUGUGUUAGGAAAUGGAAAUUGCAGUUCACUUAAGUGAUAGGGCCACUUACAGUGAGAUUAGUGGUGGGCCUCAGGCUAAUGUGCUCUCAGUUGCAGAAUGAGAGACUCUCCCAGUCCUUCUUUCAGUGCACAGGGGGGGGGACAAACCAGAUGUUGGUUUGUCAUUACCUGCAAACUCAUGGUUUGUUUCUCUAUUAACAAACCACAAGAGCUGUUUCACAUGUCAUGCCAAGCCAACUUCUGGUUUGUUUCCUCCUCAGCAUGCUGAAGGAAAGACCAGGGGAGGAUUGACUCGUGGAUUUUUGAAGUGUUGCCCAGCACAUUCAUAUUCUUGCUAAACCAUUCUUAAAAUUUAGCGAUGCUUUCUCAUUAAGUGUGGAUGGGGCCAUUGACUUGGUGUCUUUAUCUUUGGCCCUUUAUCAAAUUAAGCUGAGUUUAGCUUUGCCUGAUGAAAUCCCAAUAGUGUUAUAGAAAACCUCCUCUUUUCACAGCAGUUUUUGGCCUUGCCAGCUUAGCUUUGUCUGAUUAAAACCCUGGGCAGAGAUAACAUUUUGCGGGGAUUCCAUCCUAAUACUGCUGUGGACUGGGGAUGCACUUUCCAGGGAGAAUUAGAGAGCGGUUUCUUAACCCUUCCUUCCUCCUUUUAAUCUCUUUCUACUCCCUCCCAAAUCUGAAUGGGAAGUGAACUGGGGAAAAAGCACACUGUGUGUGUGUGUGUGUGUGUGUGUGUGUGUGUGUGGUUUGCCGGGAUUGGAAGCCAUGGAAGAUGUUAAGUAUUCUUCCUUGCCGGUGGCCCCCUGCUCCCCCCACAUUCUUACUAUCUCAGUAAAAAGGGAUUUGCUGAUAAUUACGGGGUUUCACCCUAUUAAUUUUUUGCUCCAAAGACGCUUGCUUUAUGAACAGUUACAGCUGGGCUCAAUCCUCUACUAUCAGUGAGCUCAAAAGAAAAACCUUCCUAUUUUCUCUUUCACUUUUUCAUUCUGGAAAAGCAGUUCCUGGAACUAGCUCAUUUCCUAUAAUUACUGUGGAACUAGCUCACUCACUAUAACUACUGUGUUUGUGCUGUAAUGUUAAAGUUUUGCUUCUGUUAUAUAUUUAACAGAAGCAAAACCUGAACAUUGCAGCACAAGCACUUUGAGAACAAAGGUACAACUGUACAGUAUAGUGUUUGAACUUUGUUUUAAAGAUAGUGGAAAGUUCUUUUUUCCUCUUUCAUUAACAGUAGUCAUCACAACAGGCUAAAUCUUUCCGUUGCUUUAGAGAUUGUUUAUUAAAUUUAUUAAUAGUGUGUGCAGUGCUCAACACUUUCAAUGUGUACAUGAAGCUUAUUUGCAUUUUUUCUUACAUUUCAGCAUUUAUCCCACGUAUGAUUUUGCCUGUCCCAUAGUUGACAGUAUUGAAGGUGUCACCCAUGCAUUAAGAACAACAGAAUAUCAUGACAGAGAUGAGCAGUUCUACUGGAUUAUUGAAGCCUUGGAAAUAAGAAAACCAUAUAUCUGGGAGUACAGCCGCUUAAACCUCAACAACACUGUAUUGUCUAAAAGGAAGCUCACUUGGUUUGUCAACGAAGGGCUAGUGGAUGGCUGGUAUGUUAAAGGAGUUAAACUUGGUAGGAAUUAUGCAGGUGUUUAUACAUGUGCACAUUUGUUUUGCAAUCUAAUCAGUGUAUAAUUUUUCAUAAGCAGUAUCUUACACUAAAAAUAAGUUGGUGUGGCUUAAUUUUUUUAAUUUACAAAAAUUACUCCAAAGAAUGAAGAAAUUAACAGGUUUACAACUCGCUAGAUAUUGUGUUAGUCAAUAUAUUUUAAAUACCCUUGCUCAGUCUUUUUAUCCAACAACUUUUCUUAACUGUCGGUGUUAGACUUUCAAACUCAGAUCAAUUUUCAGAAUUAUUGGCUUAAUAAUAAUAAUAAUAAUAAUAAUAAUAAUAAUAAUAUAUUUAUACCCCGCCCAUCUGGCUGGGUUUUCCCAGCCACUCUGGGCGGCUUCCAACAAAAUAUUAAAAUACAAUAGUCUGUCAAACAUUAAAAGCUUCCCUAAACAGGGCUGCCUUCAGAUGUCUUCUAAAAGUCUGGUAGUUGUUUUUCUCUUUGACAUCUGGUGGGAGGGCGUUCCAUAGGGUGGGUGUCACUACCGAGAAGGCCCUCUGCCUGGUUCCCUGUAACUUGGCUUCUCGCAGCGAGGGAACCGCCAGAAGGUGGAGUUUUGUGCUCAGUUUUGUGAUGAACAAUGUUUGAAUAUGUAGGUUCAAAGUAGGGAAAGUGUAUGGGUAUCCCCACACUCUUCUUUUAAUGUAAGCUUUCUUUUCAACUGAGGUUUCAAACUUGGGGAACAGAAUGUGGCAGAAAUCUACCUAAUAGUAACAAAAACCAUGCAAAAGGAAUGGUGGAUUAAUUUACUUUUCCAUGGCCACCUGCACAGUUAUUAGUACUACAUUAACCAGUUUAACCAGAUUGAGUUUUUCUUCACGUCACUUGUAUACCCCAAAAAUAUGAUUGGAAGGAUGCUGGUUCCUCUCAGGUGUCAUUGUUGACAACUUUUUGCUACAUAUAAAUUAAGCAAAAUGAGUAGAAAUCUCCAAAAAGAAAAGAGUUAAAGUCUCAGAAAGUUUGGUAUGAAUGUUAAUAACAUCCCUUGGGUAACUAUGUAAUUAUUUAAGAAAUCAAUGGCACAAUGCAUGCAUUGCUUAUGUUUGUUGAAAAAUUACUGUUACUUUCUGAUAUAGUGUUUUAGAUAUACAUUGUAUCAUUUUCAGCAAACACCAUUUCCAGCAAACACUCUUUCGGUCUUUAGAUUGAUCUGUGCUUAUGUGAUGCCUUCUGUUCUUGGGAAAAAGACCCAAGAAUUAAGCAGGUUGCUAUGAAUUCAUCAAAGUUGAUACCACAGCUUUUGCAGGAUAAAAGAAAGAUGUGCAGGCUGUUGGAAAGCCAAAGUAAAAAGAGAAUUUUAAGAAUCCUCUCUUCCAAGUUUAUUCAACAUAGGCUUCUUGAUAUUGUCACAGUUUUGCAUUGUUAAAUUAAGCAGAAACUCAUUUCUAUUAGGGAUGACCCAAGAUUCCCAACUGUGCGUGGUGUCCUAAGAAGAGGCAUGACAGUUGAAGGACUGAAGCAGUUUAUUGCUGCACAGGUAGGUGGUUGCAUGUCCACUCUCCCUUCAGCUGGAAUGUCUUUGUAGAUCUAGUUACAGGUAGGUAUCCGUGUUGGUCUGCUGUAGUCGAAACAAAAUUUUAAAAAUUCCUUCCAGUAGCACCUUAGAGACCAACUAAGUUUGUUAUUAGUAUGAGCUUUCAUGUGCAUGCACACUUCAUCAGAUGCACACAAAAGCUCAUACCAAUAACAAACUUAGUUGGUCUCUAAGGUGCUACUGGAAGGAAUUUUUUUAUUUUGUAGAUCUAAUCGUUUUAUAGACGAUUCCUUCUUUCAGGAACAUCAGGAAAAUCUUCCUCUUGUGACUUUGAUUGUUCAUUUGUCCUAUCCAUGGGUAGCAUUUUACAUGUUUUUGGGCUAUAUAUCCCAUAGUACUACCAACCUUACUGUGAAACAUGGACCACUCAUUCUCUGAGAUACUCUACCAGGGACCAUAGGAUUAUGAUUUAAAGAAGUUGAUACAUCAUAUUAACAUUUGGAAAAUAACAAUACAUCAAACAACUAUAGCAUGUUCAAUAUCUAACUGGACAAUUGAUCCAUCUUUAAUUUACCCUCAGACUUAUACCUGAAACUUUUAAGAAAGCAUAGUGUGUUAAAGAAGAUCGUCUCUAUUUUGCAACAAAGAAUGAUUACUUAUUGAUGGAUUCCUCCCACCCUCACCCCCAGCAAGAUACUUAUUUCUAGUCCUGAGGGAGGACGUUUAUUUUUGUAAAGAAGUAAUGUUGUGGAAAAGAAUGGUUAAAGUAAAUAAGAUGUAAUUCAAAAUGCAACAACAAAUACACCAUCAAGAUUUAUGGCCUUUCUUUCUCUUAUCCCCCUCUUCCCAUUAUAUUUUACAGGGCUCCUCUCGAUCAGUUGUAAACAUGGAGUGGGAUAAAAUUUGGUCAUUUAACAAAAAGGUACAUGCUCCUCCAUUUUGAUCUGAUGACAUUUCUGAUUGACACCUGCUCUCUUGUUGCUGGUUGUGAACCCAGCGUUCUUUGGAAUGCUCUUCAAAGACUAGCUAAUGCAGUAUGUUGCACCACCUUGCUCCUCAUCUUCAGGAAAAUGGAAUGUCCCCUCUUGCUAACCAGGGCUAACACUAAUCUUGCUGACUUCUGCCAGUCUGAUACUGAAUUGUUGUUCUUGAAUUGUGUGGGAGAUAAUGAUAUUUUGCUAAUGUAAACUCUGAUGAAAAUUCUGCAUUUCAUUUUUCUGCUUUCAAGCUGCGAGCUAUCUGUAAGAAGGUAUUACUUAACGCUUUUUCUGCCUUAGCAUAUAGCUUACAGUAUUGUAAGCAUACAUAGCAUAAGCCAUCACUGUGCAACUUCUCAUAGCACAACCACGUUUGCUUACAUAACAAGAGCUGUGUAUUUCCAUCUUAAAAUGCAUUAUUCCUGUUCUAAAGGGGAAAUAAUGAUCUGAGUCUGAAUUUCUCAACGGAGAAGAAAGUGUCACUUUUAAUUUACAAUGCUGGACAUACUGCCUUUCUGCAGUGUACUGAAGGCGUUAACAUUUUCUCUCUCAGACAGCAAGUAAAGCUCUUCUGAUGUGUCUUAAUUUAGCAUCAAAUAAGGAAUACUGCAUCUUGACAUGGUUAGUUGCUUCUUUGGCAGCAGAUGCUUGGACACUAUAAUAAGGCGAACUGUUUGUGUCUGUCUGCACAACUCUGUGGCUGUUCUUAUUCUUUUCACUUGAGUCUGGAUUUUUGCUUGUUUUCAAGGAGGCUUGCCCCAGAACUAAGUAUUUGCUUGCCUGGCAUGUGUCUUGUAUUCUCCUAAAGCCCUUGUCAUUUGUCCUCUUUAUUUUAUAUGAGGGAUUAUCAAUUGGUUCUUUUUGUUGCUGCAUAGAUGGACACUAGUGCGUCAAACAAAUUUAUAAACACCAUUGGCCUUAAAUUUAUGUUGUUGUUCACUUCUUGGCACUGUAUGCUGCCUUAUGCAUUCACUCUGGGGCAAGAGUGAAAGCGAAGGCAUUGAAUUGGUUUGUAGGACCAAGUAUUGAGCUACUGAGAAAGCAAAAAUAAUGAGUCAGUAGCAAAUGAGUCAGAAAAGCAAACUCUUAACAGUUAGAUUAAUUCAAGAAUACCCAAAUAACCUCUGUUUGUUAGUGCAGUCAACAAACUGUGCUGGUUAGCUGUGGGGCAGUUAAAGUUUUGCUUUUUUGUGAUACUGAUAAGAAAAUAAUUUAUACCUCUGCACACCUACUAAAAAGUAACACAAGUGUUGCUGAUACCUGGAUCUAAUCCAAAGUCAGAUUAUUGAAUUUAGACUCCUGGGGUGCCCAGAUCCAGGGUGUCAACAAUUUCCUUGUGUUUCUUAUUGAUAGGUGGAAUUAUGAGUAAUGUGUGUUUCAAGUACUUCAACUAGUUAGCAUCCAUAUCAGUAGUAAUGUGUACGUUGUUUCACUUCUGGUACGAAACCUGUUUUAGUUAAUUUUCUCCUGCAACACUGUUGUACUCAUGGCCCUAGCAUUUGGGAAAGCAGAAUAUGGGAUAUUUCCUUAGAAGCCGCUGUUUUCACAUGUAACCUAAAAAUAAACAAAUAAAUACUCCCCUCAGAUUUCUCUCCCAGAUAAGCUAGUUUUGUAUGUGUGUACAUCGUUUCUCCAUUCCUUUACUAGCCUUAAUACCUCCAGCUAGUACAAAGUAGCAAGGCCUUGUAAGAGAGACUGAAAAGCUUAAACCGAUAAAGAAGCGAGUGCAGUAAAAGCAGAAGCAAAAAUACCUGGAAGCUGUUCUGUUUGAGUUGUGAAUAGAGUAGAAGACUAUUUUGUCAGUAAUGCAAGAGAGGAGAAGCUAUUCUUGAGUUCAUUGCUGUGAUGUUGCCUUAUUAUAGUGAUCUAACGCUGUUGUUAGGGGCAGUCGGUGGGGUGUGGGAGCAUGGAGCCACCUUCCCAACAGGUGUUGCCGCAGCUUGAUGCGGAAGUGUGACAAUGAGGCCAGGGUUGCUCCGGAGCACCGGUGGGAGUAUCAGAUUGACUCUGUCGGCACACCCACCCUGUCCCUACCUUACCACAGUCAUGCCACCCACUUUCUCCCGCACCAUCCUAGUAAGCAGUAGUGAUACUGCUCUUGGGAGAGUGACUCCAUGCCGCCUGCCCUGCCAUGUGGCUGCUCCUGGCUUUUGUUGAAUAAUGGUGAUGCCGGAAAACAUACUUCACGGAAGAAAUUCACAGGGAAAAAAGUGAAAUUAUGGAAUUGUGUCCUGUGUUGAUAAUAACUAAGGGUGAAAUCUAUUGUUCUUUUAAAAACUGAUCCCGUGAGUUCAGCAUAAUUGCACACUAAGGCUUCACUCUUACACUCGUUUACUUUGAAAUAAGCUGCAUUGAAACUCAAGUAGGGUUUGCUUUCUAGCAUGCAUACAUUGGCUUAUCCUGUAAGACUUAAGCCAACAUUCAGAGUUACCUGUAAUCUACAAAGGUAUGAGAUUACUAGGAUUUUUACUUGUUUUAUGGCCAGAACUAUAACAUUUAUUGCCCUCUACUAUAUAUGUAAAGUUUUAGAUGAGUUCUAAACCAGAGGUAUCCGUUUUUUGUGUGGAAGGCCAGGAGAGUGUAUAACUCUUGUGGAUUUUGAGUUACUCUUUUCUUAUUGACCAAAGAUGCAGUAACACAAAGAAUACCAGUUAAUAUUCCUAAAUGAUGCAUACACUUUUUAGUUCACAUAAUUCUGAUUUUUUUUUUUAAAAAAAAAUCUGUUCUGGGCGUACUGAAUAGAUGUGAUUAUUUUUGGUUAUUCUUGGUAUGUAGGUUAUAGAUCCUGUGGCACCUCGCUACACCGCUUUGCUGAAGAAUGAAGUAGUCACAGUAAACGUUCCUGAAGCUCAAGAAGAGAUGAAAGAAGUCGCCAAGCAUCCAAAGGUUUGCUAGUUAGUUGUUUUGUUUUAAGAGACACUGUAAUGCAGAUAGUUAAAACAGAGAACUUGUGUAGUAUUCCCAAGUUUGCCUGAAACCAUUCUUCCACACUCCCAAAAUGUAACAAAGGAAAAGUAAGAUUAGUUAGCUCAUGGAUGGCAGAGCUAAUGAAAGAGUAAAAUGGGGGUGCAAGGUGACAUAAUAUGCUCUUUAGCACUCUGGGAAAGAUGUUGAGAGUUUUUAUUUUAGAGUUGGGAUGUAUGUGCUAAGGAGGGUUGAGGGAGCCCCUGGACUUUAACUAUCUAAUAUACCCUGGCACAUCCCACAAACCAGGGAGAACACUAUGCCAGCCCUGAAGCUGGGGGUCCUAUCAGCAGAGGCGGGAAAUAGGAAGGGGCACCCCCUUCACAUAUCCGUGUGCUGCUCUGGUUCGCCAGAAGCAGCUUAGUCAUUCUGGCCACAUGACCCAGAAGUUGUAUACCGGCUCCCUCGGCCAGUAAAGCGAGAUGAGCGCCACAACCCCAGAGUCGUCCGCGACUGGACCUAAUGGUCAGGGGUCCCUUUAUCUUUAUCCCCUUCACAUCUUUUGCCUUUCUGGCUUGAGCGUAGCAGUUCUCCCUCCCCAGGCAAGUAGGAUGGACCAGCUCAUAGUUUAAACCAUCUCAUUGCAAUCCAAAGAAGAAUUCACAUUAAUGGCAAACUCUCCUGCAAAGCUCAGCAUUUGUGUAUUCUAGGAUGGAUUGGUGUGUUAUAAUCUAAAGCAAAAACCUGCAGCGCAACCCUAACCAUGUCUACUCAGAAGUAAGUUCUAUGAGUAAGUGGGGCUUAUUGUCAGGCACGUAUUAGGAUUGCAGCCUUAACCAAGCAUUGGGGUAAGUUCUUUUCUUUCUCGUUAACAUGCAGAAUGCUGAGGUUGGCUUGAAGCCUGUAUGGUACAGUCCCAAAGUGCUGAUUGAAGGCGCAGAUGCAGAGACGUUGACAGAAGGAGAGAUGGUUACAUUUAUUAACUGGGGCAACAUAAUCAUCACCAAAAUAUACAAGUAAGUUUCUGGAUCUUGGAACAAGCUGGGAUGUUGAAUUUUAUUGGGAACAAGAGGUCUGGCUUUUUAAACAUUGAAGAAAAGUAUGUAAUGGAUGGGACUGUUAACACUGCAAGCACAGUUCCGUUAUCUGUCUCCCCCACCUGAUUGCAACCUUCUGCACCUCCAGAAGCUGUUCUUGGGGGUUCAAGGAAUUGUUAGGACAUGUUGCAAGGGAGCUGCAACUGCGGGGCAGCAAGCAGAAAUUGCAUAAGUUGAAGUGACAUCUCACAAUAGAUCCAGCCGAGUGUAGCUUGACUGUUGAAUAUGAUGGUAGAGGUCCAGCGCCGAGGGCUUCUGGCGGUUCCCUCACUGCGAGAAGCAAAGCUACAGGGAAGCAGGCAGAGGGCCUUUUCUGUAGUGGCGCCUGCCCUGUGGAACGCCCUCUCAUCAGAUGUCAUAGAGAUAAACAACUGCCUGACAUCUGAAGGCAGCCCUGUUCAGGGAAGUUUUUAAUGUGUGACAUUUUAAUGUCUUUUUAAUCUUUGUUGGAAGCCACCCAGAGUGGCUGGGGAAACCCAGCCAGAUGGGCGGGGUACAAAUAAUAAAUUAUUUAUUUAUUUAUUUAUUUAUUUAUUUAAACUUCUCUAUGCAAAACAAGUUAACUGCAUGCCACUGAUAUAACCUAGAUACUAUACUAGUCAUUUAUUUGCACUAUUUAAUCACAGUGUGUUCUGCUUUGUGUAGGAACUCCGCUGGGAAAAUCACAUCCAUUGAUGCUAAACUAAAUUUGGAGAAUAAGGACUACAAAAAAACUGCUAAGAUCACCUGGUUGGCAGAAACUCCUUGUGCUCCUCCCAUCCCUACUGUCUGUGUCAACUAUGAACACUUGAUCACCAAACCUGUCCUGGGCAAAGAGGAAGAUUUCAAGCAGUAUGUCAACAGAAAUAGCAAGGUAGCUUGCAGCGUCACCUAUUUAUAUUAUUAUUACAUUUUUAAAAUUUCUCUCAUACUUCAAGGAGCUCAAAUAUGGUCUCCCCACUCCACCCCCCUGGAGUUUUUUCUACCACAGUAAACCUGCAAUUUAGCUUAGGUUGGGUGAUUGUGACUAGCCCUCAAAAUCACACAGUAAGCUUUGUGGUAGGGACAAUAUUUGAGCUGAAGUCUUCCUAAUCAAAAUCCGACACUCUAGCCACUAUACCAUGUUGGUUGUACGCCUGCUUUUCUUCCUUUUAGAUAUUGGCUCUCCAAAUGAGUUGUCAUAUUGUAAAUUGGGGGCUUUCAGUAUUCAGCAAGAUGUGUCUUUCCUCCUGGGCUGGCCUCACCCUUGCAAUGCCACUACACUAAUUCUUAGCACGUAUACUGUGUUGUUCAUGGGACGUAAUGCUGACUUGAUUUUUAACCUGUUUACAGCAAGAAGAAUUGAUGUUAGGUGAUCCUUGCCUUAAAGAUCUGAAAAAAGGAGAUAUAAUACAGAUUCAGAGAAGAGGCUUUUAUAUUUGUGAUCAGCCAUAUGAGCCUAUUAGGUGAGCAACUGGAAACUCAUUCCUUUUGUUUAUCCAUUUGGUAUGCUCUGCCAUAGAAUUAGGUAAGUGUGUUAUGGCCAUUGCAGAGUUUCACAGCCCAAAUUCCCAUAUUUAUACUCAUAUUCCAAAUGUUCCUGUUUUGCCAGGAGUCCAUGUAGAUACAAAAUUAGAGGCUUGUGGAAUGCAUUUUGCAGAAAGUAAAUAGAGGAGUGCCUUUGGAGCAGAAUGAUUAGAAAAGUGUGUGUGUGUGUAGCUCUUGUGUGUCCUCUUGAACAAACUGAACAGCAGGCAGCCUAUUCUCUGUAAUAUCAGGCUGUAUAUUUCCCUGUCUCAUUUGUUGAACCAUGCAGAUAACAAAAUGUAAAGGUUUUAUCUAGCCAUUAUUAUUAUUAUACUCCUAACUCCAUUUUAGCAUACUACUAUUGCUGCACUGAACUUUCAUGAGGCCUGACAUUUCAUCACAAUAGUUGGACUUUUUUGGUGUUUGCCUUCUAUUCUUCUGCACAUUUCACCAACAUGCAUACCAAUUGACAGCCAUCGAACCCCUGAUAGGUCGGCAAUUCAUGGGGAAAAAUGAGGAACUGCAUCCUGCUAUCCUCAGGCAACUAAGCCAUUACUCUCUGGCAUAUCAUAUUGCACUGAAAAUCACCACUCUUCAGCCUAAUCCAGCGCUUGGCCCUCAUUGCUAUGCCUGACUGGAUGGAGAUGCAUGUUUUGGAUAUGCAUCUGGGGGUGCAUCCUACUGAAAAUAGGGCAGUGUGGAGCGACAGCUGUGCAUAGGAAUGCAGAAGUUGGCCAUCUGCACUGCAUUAGUUUCAGUAGGAUACACAUCUCAUUCACAUUGUGCCCAAGCUGCUCAACUAAGCAUAAUUGGGUUGGGGCACAGGAGCAUCGUUCUGGUUUCCUUAGCAAUGGACACAUAUUUUCUCUUCUUAUACUGGCUUCCCAUGGCACUUGGCCCUUUGUGAAAUGGCAGAUAACUGAAAAAAUGCUGUAAAUAAGAAACCUGUUUUACCAGAGGUUCAAAAGCUUUGGGAACACCUCAGAUUAGUUACUGUUUUGCUAGACAGAUACCAUUAGGAGAGCAGCAAGACUACAAACAGUAAGCAGAGAUUGAUGCCGAAAUAAAUUACGAGUUUGUCCAGCUGGGGGUAUUAUUAUUUUUACAAUUUUCAUAUGUGCAUUUAUUUUUAUACAAAUGCAUGUUCUUUUGAUAUGUAUAAAAUUACAGUCAGUGUGAAAAGAACUACAUAGAUCUAAGCAAUGCACUGUAGCACACCUUUGCCUGGGAGUAAGUCCCACUGAAUCAUGGGAGAUUUGCCUGGUAAGUAUGCAUAGGACUAGGUUACAUAUCCCAUUAAUGUAGCAGGGAAAUUGAGUUCACGCUUAACCCUUUCUCACAUUGGAAUUUAGAUGCUUGUAUUUUAGAAGUGUCGUAUUCACAUUGUCUAUAUUAUGCCAAUCAAUGGGAGAUAAUCAUGAAAAAACCAAUUAAUGUAAUCUUUGUAGCCCAUACAGCUGUAAAGAAGCCCCAUGCAUUUUGAUUUAUAUCCCUGAUGGGCAUACAAAAGAAAUGCCAACAUCUGGAUCUAAGGAGAAAACCAAGGCAGAAACAGCAAAGAAAGAGGUAAGGAAACCUAGUGUAUUUUGAUUGUUAGUCAGAAGGAUGUUUGGGAUGCCUGGCAUAACUGUAGAACAGGUGUAGAAUGGAGAAAACCUGGCUUGACAGCAGCACAUAUAAAAAGAAAUCCAGGAUUAUAGUCUUGUCAUAUAAGUCGUCAUCAUCAGAAACUGAACAUGAGUCAGCAAUCUUACCUGACUGCAAAAAGACUGAUUCAGUUUUAUGCUGCUUUAAUAGAACCAUGGUUUCCAAGUCAUAAGAAGUAACACUUCCACUUUAUUCUGUACUGGUCUCACCUCAUCUGGAGUACUGUGUCCAGUGCUGACCCCUGCCUUUGAAGAAGGAUAUAGACAAAUUGGGAUGGGUUCAGAUGAGGGCAGUGAAGAUGGUCAGGUGUUUGGCAAACUACACUGCUAUAAAAGUGUUCCAGGUUUUAAACAGCACAGAACUAGUAAUCAGACUUGGGAAACACCUGUGCUAACCAAAGUUGAUUUAUUUUAGUUUAUUUUCAGUUCUUCUCCUCCUUUGCAAACAUUGGAUGCUAUCCUGUUCUGGGUGGGUGGAGGAUAAAAGAGACAUUUGUAGUAGCCCUUUGCAUAUUGAAGUGCCCUGACCGGCUUUGCUGAUGUUCUACUUGAAACGGCAAGUUUUUCACCAGUACUGGUGAAAGUAUACCUGAAGGCCCAGUAUACCUGAAGGAGCGUCUCCACCCCCAUCGUUCUGCCCGGACGCUGAGGUCCAGCGCCGAGGGCCUUCUGGCGGUUCCCUCAUUGCGAGAAGCAAAGCUACAGGGAACCAGGCAGAGGGCCUUCUCGGUAGUGGCGCCCGCCCUGUGGAACGCCCUCCCAUCAGAUGUCAAAGCAAUAAAUAACUACCUGACAUUUAGAGGGCAUCUUAAGGCAGCCCUGUUCAGGGAAGCUUUAAUCUGUGAUAUUUUACUGUAUUUUUUGUUUCUAUGGAAGCCGCCCAGAGUGGCUGGGGAAACCCAGCCAGAUGGGCGGGGUACAAAUAAUAAAUUAUUAUUAUUAUUAUUAUUAUUACUGUUUUAAUUCUCUUUCAUCCAGUUUGAUUCAUUGUAAAAACAUGCAUUGGUUCUUCUUUUCCAAGGCUAGUACUGCUCCGAAAGGACGAUCUGCUCCACUUGCGGCUGACGCUUCUCGUGCUGCAGCCCCUGCUUCAGUCGAAGACCACUUGGCUCUUUACAGCAAGGUGUCUGCCCAAGGAGAUGCAGUUCGUGAAUUGAAAUCAAAGAAAGCAGCAAAGGAAGAAGUUGAUGCUGCCGUGAAACAGCUGCUAGCCUUGAAAGCAGAAUACAAGGAGAAGACGGGUCAAGACUACAAGCCUGGGAAUCCUCCGGUCGCUGCAGUUCAGGCCCAGCCUUCCAAGUGUGAGGCUGCCAGUGCCACCCAUCUAGACAGCAAGUCUCUUUAUGAUAAAGUCGCUGAGCAAGGGGAAGUGGUUCGAAAGCUGAAAGCAGAAAAAGUGCCCAAGGUUAGUGUUUGAAGAAUAAGCCUGGAUAAGAAGGAAUUGAGAAGUGAUUGUUGCAACCUUUUAUCAGGUGGAUGAUAGAUCUGGCUUUUCUGUUAUUUAUAAAAGUAGAUUGACAAAGAAGAACUCAUUGGGCAGGACUACCACUAACCUUAAGAGAGCAGGAGAAGUUGGGGAUGAUAAACAUAGGUCUGGCAGGAGAGAAAGGGGAUUUUUUUAAAACCAUCUAUGGUAGAAGUGUCAAAAGAUAAAAUAUUAAUUAAAAGUGGUGGUGAUUAAUUCUGCCCCCCCCAAUUAAUGCCCCCCAAAUAAUGGCCCUCUGGUAUCUUUGCUGAACUAUGUGAAAGUGGGUAUUGCACCAAUUUUCUGGACUGGGUGGAGAUCAGUGUUGCAUUAUGACAAACAUUCCGUCUGCACAAGCAUUGCAGCUUGCCAGACAAGAACGAUCCCCACCUCUCCUGCUCUGGUGUGUUGCACCUUGCGCUUCUUUGGAGAUCCUGGGCUGCCCAAACAAGACUUCCCUCUCUGCCGCACUGAUGUGAUCCAAAGGAAAGCAGAGCAAUACAUUUGGCACCAGAUUGGCUGCAGGAGUUGCUGAAAGGAGGCAUACAAGGCACCAUCCAACUAUCUUGGGGACUCCAUUCUGGAUUUGUGUAGGGUUUUCUCCUUGGCCUUUUCUUCUCCCAGAGAUAUCCUGCAAGGCAGCAGAGGUUUAGGAUCAGAGUUUCCCUUCUCCUAGCUGGGCUACCUUCCCAGGUUGAAGAACCCCAUCUUAUUACAUGCCUGAAUCCAUCCCAUAGAAUACAAAUAAAACUUCAGUUAAGGAGCACUCUAUGCAAAACAAAACCUUGGUUGUUGGUUACAUUCAAAUAGCUUCAUUAAGUGAAGAGCAUCUGAUGAUUUAUAGGUUUUAAUAAGCCCCUUACUGAUUUUUUUCUUUUUGUCAACUUGAUCUUGUGCAUCCUAACUAUUGCAUCUACUUUGCUACAUGCUUUUCUGUCUUUUACUCUCUUUUUAACUGUUCUUUCGCUUCCUGUUGUAGGAUCAGAUAGAUGCUGCUGUGAAAGUGCUUUUAGCUCUGAAAGCGGAAUAUAAGCAAAAGACAGGCCAGGAAUACAAACCUGGAAACCCAGCAAAGAGUUUGCUUCCUAGUUCAGCUCCUUCUGCUCUUCCUUCUUCCAUGCCCCUCUGUCCAGUAGUCUGCAAAGCUCUUUACAGCAAAGUGGCAGAACAAGGCGAAGUGGUUCGUAGACUUAAGUCAGAGAAAGCAGCAAAGGUAUAAUGGCCAUGAAGGCAGAAAGAGUGCUGAACAUUAUGUUUUUAAGAUGCACUAUUAAGUCUUUGAGUAAUUCACAAAAUUAAAAAAAUUGUAUUCUAUUUUUCAGUAUUUUUAUUUUUACUUUUGCAAAGUAUUAAGCAAUAUUUGGUUUCUCUCCAUUUUCUCUUCUUGCAUGCAAGACAUAUGAUUCUUUUGUCCAAGCAGAACAAAACUUUGAUAUCAAUGCUAACAGUUAAAUUUAUUUGUAGAUUGAUCAUUUUAUCAUUUGCACAUGCCCACUUAAUCUUCAGUUUCAUAUUGGAAAAUUUUGCAUUAAACUUUUCCAUUCUUACUGAUAUAUUUCUUGUAUUAUCUCUCUGCUUCAGGAUCAGAUAGAUGCUGCUGUGAAAGUGCUGCUUGCUCUAAAAGCAGAAUAUAAGCAAAAGACAGGCCAAGAUUAUAAACCUGGACAUCCACCUGCAGUUCCUCUUUCCUCUUCCUGCUCCUCCUCUUCUUCCUCCUCCCUGUCCUCUUGUGCUUCUGAUCCUGCUCCUCUGUCCUGCAAUGGUUUGACAUCUUCUAGCCCAGUAGACAGAAACGUUCUGUACAAUAAAGUAGUUGAACAAGGCGAGUUGGUACGGAGACUCAAAGCCGAAAAGGUGUCCAAGGUAGAAUAGUGGUUUUAUUAUACAUGUGGUUUCAAAUCUGUGUUUUUUCUCUGUUCAUCAGCUGUGCAUAAUACUGAUUUUAGCAGAAGUUUUUUCAAGGGACUUCAUUUGGGACCAGGAAGUCAAGGUUGUAUAUUGUGCUGUUGUUCCACUCAUGCAACACACUCCUGCUUGUGCAACAGUGCAGCCCCUGCACACCCUCAAAAUCAGUUCCAGAGGGUUGGAAGAUCAUCUGCAGCAGAUUUUUGGGGCAAAUGGGAGUGGGAGAGGAAGGUGAAAAUUUUGUUUCCCAGCAUUGCAUGCAACCCUCAGUAACUGCUAAUACUUUUCCUCCAUAUAUACUUUUCCUCCAUAUAUCUGGGGGAAACAAGGCCAUCUUGAGGGAGCAAAGGAGCAGAAAGGAAUCUGCCAAUAUAAAAUCUAUUGCAAAUGUAUGUAGUGUUGUUAACAUACCCUUGGAUAUGCAGGCAGGAAACUAGAGGUAUAUACAUACAUAACUCUUGGAAUUGUGACAUGAAUGCUCUCCCAAUAAUACUUCCCAUAGGAUAAAGUGGACGAAGCUGUAAAACUCCUCCUUUCCCUAAAAGCGGAAUAUAAAGAAAAGACUGGUCAGGAUUAUAAGCCAGGACAGUUACCGGCACCUCAGGCACAUGCCUUAAACCAGCCGGCAAGCCCAGAAACCAGUGGCCCUGACUCUGCAGAAGCCAAAGCUCUCUUUAACAAGGUUGCUCUCCAAGGAGAAGAGGUCCGGAAAUUGAAAGCGGAGAAGGCAGAAAAGGUAAUACUGUUUAUUAACAGUUUAACGUGUUUGAGUGGAUCCUGGUAUGUUCAUCACAUUUCCUUUAAGUUAAAAUUUAUGCUAAUAUCCUGACCUGCAGUUGCAAGAUGGUCUCUUUUCAGUGUCAAGUAUUCUGCAGGUAUGCAUCUGGAGAAAUUGCUGGAAUUUCACAGCAUUUGUAAAAACUAAAAGCAUCUUUCCUCUUUUAAUUCAGCCUAUUCUCCUUUCACUCUGAAGGGUAUCAUGUGGCCAAAGGCAGAAAAAGGAGUUUGAGGGAAGUAGCCACUCCAGUUUUCUUUUCCUGCCUUUCAUUGAAGUGCUCAUCUUUACUUCUGAAGUGCUCCUGAUUCAACAUUUGUCCUCUAUUUUUCUAUUUUCAGCCCCCUGGUGAUCUUUCGAUGCAAUCCACAAAUAUCCUAGACACACACACACACACACACAUGAAUGAGAUUGUUGCAAGAUGAGGCUAACUGUGUAUAUUGAUGUGAUUGUUCUGUUUUGCACAAUGCUGGAGACCUUAUGCCUCUUAAUAUCAGUUGCUGGAUUCCUAAUUGAGGAAGGAGCCUGCUUGUGGGCUUCUCAGGCCUGUCUGAUUGGCCACUGUGAGAACAGAAUGCUAGACUACAUAGGCCUUUCUUAGGUUUUAGUUUCAGUCUUACUUCAUCAUUAUAUUACUGUUUGCACAGUAAAUGUCCACAGCAUUGGCCCAGGUUCACUCAGAGAGCUUCAUGGCUAAGCAGGGAUUUGGACCCUGGUCUCCCAGAGUUCAGCACUAACCAUUAUGCCUGGCUGUCUGGCUGCCCCCUCCCUCUCUGGUUGCCUAAUAUGAAAUCAGACCAGUGGUCCAUUAGACUGGUAUUGUCUACUCAAGCUGUCAGCAGCUCUCCAAAAUGCUGGGCAAACCUCUACCAGUGAUCCUGUUUCCUGAUGAUGUUGUGCACGAGUGUGAAACUUUCUGUAAAUUAUAUUCCAUACUACCGAGUUACAUGUCUUAACAAGGAAUAGUACAUAUAUUUUGGCCACAGAAUGUGAGGAUUCCACUUGCAGAACUCUUCAGGGGUUGCUUUUAUGUUGAUUAUAGCCUCUUGCCAGAUGUCUCAAAGUAUUUGGGUAGUUUUAGUUCUAACACCAACCAAUGGUGCUUCUGCCUCUCUUGUGAAAUCAUCUUGAUUAGUAAUUGACUGUGGUUUCCCCCCAAACUGCACUUUGCUGUGAUGCCGAAAGAAGAAAAGCAUAGUUGGUUCAAGCUUUGCAAACCAGGAUUGAAAACUUGCUUUCCAAUCUUACUUUGCUGGCUUGGAUAUGACAGCUAAUCAAGGCUUGCAGAAGUUUCACUGAAUUUCUCCCUUUCAGUGUGCAUUCUGUGGUUUCCCCAGUACAUAUAAUUAAUGUACCUUGCCUAUUCUAUGCAGCUAACUAUUAUUUCAUUUCUUUUUGGUUACCUGUGUUUCCAUGGGAAUGGUGUCCUCCCGAAGGAUAAGAUUGAUGCUGCAGUGCAAGAGCUGCUUCAGUUGAAGGCGCAGUACAAGAUACUGGCGGGAAUAGACUAUAAACCAGUCUCUGCAACCGGAGCAGAAGACAAAGACAAGAAAAAGAAAGAGAAAGAGAACAAAUCCGAGAAGCAAAAUAAGCAACAGAAGCAGAAUGAGGGCCAAAAGAAAGAAUCACAGAAAGACCAAAGUGGUGGCAGCAACUUAUCCUCAAAUGGACCAGGAGAUGGUCAGGGACCUAAGAAACAAACCAGGUGAAAUUUCUACUUAAAAUAUAGUCUGGGCAGCAGGAUAAAGGAAAGAAAGUAGUGUUAAAAUUGGUAUUGUGCUAUAAGGGAGAUAAAAUUGGUAUUGUGCUAUAAGGGAGAUAAUGAAGGCAAAAACAACAAACCCUAACCCUUUAUAGUACUGCUGGGUUGUUUUUACGUUAAAACGUUAUAAAUCGUUUCCUGUUCUUUUGUUGGGCUAGGAUCCCUUCUAACUAUUGCAACAUCACUACCGACUUGUUUGCUAGGUUUUGGGUAGAAUACACAAAAUAGACAGUCCUUGUCCAGACUGCCUACAACAAAAGCCAAGGAAGAGGAGCUAAUAUGGACAUAAUAAAAUUUGUAGCAGAAGUAUCUUUGGGGUUGUGGUAGUCCAUGGGAGAAAGUCUUUGAGUAAAAUUGUGGCUUAUAGGAAUCAUAUAUAGGAAGCUUUCCUGGCAAAAGCAUGGAGAUGUUUCAGGUGAAAGAAACAGCAAAUGUGAAAGGGGGAAGGGAUUUUUCUUUUCAUAAGUAUGUAUUUUUCCUGACACCAUGAGAGCACAAAGAGAACUACCCAGUUGCGGAGCAUGUGAUAGGGCACCACUCCUGCCCUGUCCUCCUGGCUGCUUGCUGGGAUCAAGUGAGGGCAGCGUGGCACUAGAUUGGCACCAUCAGCUCAGUACUCCUGUGCCCCAUCCGGGUCCCACUGAGCAGCAGCGUCACAACUCAGAGGGGGGCACAGUGGUGCUCCAGUCCUCCUCACCAUGACUGGAGCUACCAGAACACUCGCUGGGGUUUUCCCCCUUCGCAUUUAAUAUGCUCUUUUCCCACUAAUUGUAUUGUUAUUUGAGGGAGCAUGUCAGCUUGAAGACUCUUGCCGUUAUAUAAUAAAUUUGCCUGUUUAAAUUCAUUGAAAUGUUUAAACAUUUAAAUUCAUGUCUGGAUAGUUUUAACAGUUUUUUGAAAUAAAGCAAAAUAUUUAAAGUGGGCUGUUGCUUUAUUAAUUAUGGUUGUUGUUUUUGAGGCUUAGGUUAUGCUUCUAUCUUUCUAAUAUACUACAGGUUGGGGCUAGAGGCUAAGAAGGAAGAGAAUCUAUCUGACUGGUAUUCUCAGGCAAGUAUAUCUCAAGUUUUACCUGGGAGUCCUCUUUCACAGUCUUCAAAAUAAUGUAUGCUUAAGAACAGUUUUUGGAGCUAAACCGCAAUCAUGAACAAACCUUGGUUGCAGCUCCUGGUUUGUCUAAAGCGGUUGCUUGGCAUCAGAUUUAAUGCUAAACCAAACCAUGGCUCAGCCCCAGCCUGUGCAACAGCCACAGGAAAAGGGUAGCAGUGCAGUGCCAUGGCUGAGAUCCAUAUGUUUGCUUACUUGCUCUAAGCAAUGUCUUGCCUUAGUGUUACAUGCAAACCGGUCUCUACAUAGGUGCAUUUGGAUAUUUAUGGUUCUAAUAAAGGAUAAACACCUUUCGUACAUGACUGUUCCGUGCUCAUUUCCACUGAAUGUCAUGUGUUCGAUUUUAUUUCUGUUUGAUACUUUUUAAACUUGCUGCCCACAAUGCAAUUUUCGUGACACUGAAACAUUGCUAUUUCCUUUAAAAGGUGAUCACAAAAUCAGAGAUGAUUGAAUACUACGAUGUGAGUGGCUGUUACAUUCUCCGUCCCUGGGCUUUUUCCAUCUGGGAAAGCAUCAAAGAGUUUUUUGAUGGUGAAAUCAAGAAACUUGGUGUGGAAAACUGCUACUUUCCAAUGUUCGUAUCCCAGGCUGCGUUGGAAAAGGAGAAGACACACAUUGCUGAUUUUGCCCCGGAGGUAAUCUUAUAUCACAUUAUUCAUAAUAAUGUGUGGAAUUACAGUUUACAAUUAUGAGCUUCAAUUGAUAAACAGAAUUCACAUGUGUCACAAUAAUUUUUUUAAAACAAAAUUGUGCCCACUGUAUUAUUAAGAAUGACAUGAAAUAGAUAUAUAAAAAGUAGUAUUUUCUAUACUUUUACAUUCAUUGAUUUCAGGUUGCCUGGGUUACAAGAUCUGGCAAAACAGAGCUGGCUGAACCAAUAGCUGUACGUCCUACUAGUGAAACAGGUACAGUCUUAAGAUUUAAAAUAACAGGGUUGUAGUGAGGAUUUCUGUGCACGUUACCUUGAGCUCCUUCAAGGAAAGUUGGGAUAUAAAUGCAAUGAAUAAAAUACAAUAAAUAAAAUAAGGAAGAAACAAGAUGAACAACAUGUUCUCAUGUAUUUAAAUUUUAAAUAUAAAGGAUUAGCCUAACAUGUAGGGUAAUAUCCAGCAACAUGCCAGCAGAUAGGAUGGGAUUUCCCUUUCCUCACUUUUCUCCCCAAUCUGCAAACUGUGGGGCUCUAGGGGGAGGGUAGGAAGGACAAGUCACAUUGCAGCAGUGGAAGUGCAAAUAGGCUGACAUCACUGGAUGUCACCCUUAGUCCACACAGGUAUUAUUAUGCAUGGGAAUAAAAACUCUUACAAAUCAGGUUUCCAAAACCAAUAGUUAACAUAAUAGCUACUUGCUUUCUGAAAAUAUUCUCCUUUUUUUGCAGUAAUGUAUCCUGCCUAUGCAAAGUGGGUUCAAUCACACAGGGAUCUCCCCAUCAAACUUAAUCAGUGGUGCAAUGUUGUGGUAAGUGCAGGGUAUACCGGAUAUUUGCUGUGCUUUACCCAAUAUGCUCAUUCUUAAUCAAUAAAUCAGCAAUCUCCACUACCCGCUUUUUAAAUUAAGUUGUGGGUUGUUAGAAUGUAUAGUCUUUCUCCCCACAAAGACUAUACAUUCUAACAACCCACAACUUAAUUUUAAAAGCGGGUAUUUGCCAUAUUUUUUCACCUGGCACUUCUUGUGUUGAGGGAUUUGAUUCAUGUCAUAUGCUCUGAAUAUUUCUUCAUUGCUGCUUUCCACAUCCUAACAAACACCAUGUUGAAUGAAAAAAAUGUGGUAUGUAGUGCACACAUUUGGAGAAUCUCUACAGGCCUGAUCUGAGACAGCUGUUGCGAUAUACAGUGGUACCUUGGGUUACAGAUGCUUCAGGUUACAGACUCUGCUAACCCAGAAAUAGUACCUCGGGUUAAGAAUUUGCUUCAGGGUGAGAACAGAAAUUGUGCUCUGGCGGCGCAGCGGCAGCGGGAGGCCCCAUUAGCUAAAGUGGUACCUCAGGUUAAGAACAGUUUCAGGUUAAGAAUGGAUCUCCGGAACCAAUUAAGUUCUUAACCUGAGGUACCACUGUAUCUGGAUUUGUGAUCAUGCAAAUUAUCCUUGUCUACUGGUAUUUACAAUCUUCAUAGAAAUAAUAGAAAUCUGCAUAUGAGAAUAUUGCAUUUUUAUAUUGAAAACAAAUGGCAGUUAAAAUAAUCUCUGGUUCCUUUUGUGUGAAUAGUGGGUUUCUUAACAAUAUGUAAAAUCUAGGUAGCACUAGCAGAAGCCAACACAAGAAUUCUCUCUAGGUUCAUUGGGACCCCACACUGGCACAAACUCCAUGUCGUCCCCAAAUCUAAUCUUGAGGGUUUGGGAAACCACAGAACAAAUUUAGGGGGAGCAGAGGGGUUGAAAGUUUCUUGUACUGAUGGAGCCUUAGGCUUUGUGUUUCGUUAAUUGCAACCCAUUAUGCCUUUGAAUUCAUAUAGUAUAAUGCAUCAUUGAAAAAUAGAACUUUGAGCAAUGCUAAAUAAUACAUUAAAAACAAGCUCAUUAAUGAAGAUAACAACUUUAACUUUUCAUGACACUCUGUUUUUUGCUUGUUUGUUUGUUUUGUAUUGCAGCGCUGGGAGUUCAAACAUCCACAGCCCUUCUUGCGUACUCGUGAAUUCCUGUGGCAGGAGGGACACACAGCAUUUGCAACUUACGAAGAGGCAGCAGAAGAGGUACAGUGCACAGAUUAAGUUAAACGAACUUCAUUCUUCACCAUCCACCAUUCAAGGAAAAUUUGGAAAUGGUUGCAUAAGUGGGGGGAGGAAGUCCACUUCGUAUUUCAGCAUAAUUGAGGGGAAACAGUGAAACUUCUUUUCCUCAGUAUGUUCAAAAAGGCUAAUAACACAGAGAGAUUAUAUGAAAAGUAGAUGCAGUCUUAAAUCGUGUUGGACAUUGUUUUUUCAUGGUGUGAUAUACAAGAAUUAAUUUGAAUCUCAUUGGCUUGUUGUCACUCAAACAAUCUACAUGUUUCAAAAUUGGGUGUCAUUAACUAUGUGAACCCCCAGACAAGAAAUGAAAUAACACAAUUAGUGAACCACCAUAGUUACAAAUGACAGAUAAUUUCAUGUCCGAGAAUCACUCUCUGUUGUCGGAUAGGAUUCUGUGGUUAUUGCUGGAGCUUUAAACUGUAAACGCUAAAUUUUUAUUUGAUAGCCGCCAUAAAUUAUUAGGAUUUGAGAAGGCCAUUGAUAUUUAUCCUUGGCUUUCCUAUGAUUCUACCAAAUGGUUAAGUAAUACUUUUGGCAUAUAGCUUAGUCUAAACUUUUACAAACUGUUUUUUAUUACUUGUCUCAGGUAUUACAGAUCCUUGAUCUGUAUGCUCGUGUGUAUGAAGAACUUCUGGCAAUUCCUGUUGUGAAAGGAAGAAAGACAGAAAAGGAGAAGUUUGCAGGCGGAGAUUAUACAACUACCAUUGAGGCAUUUAUAUCCGCCAGUGGGCGAGGCAUCCAGGUAUGUUCUGAUAAAAACAUUUUAUAUACUUCAUUAAUACGUAGGAAGAUGUUACCUGAAUUUUGUUUAUUGUUGCCUUUUUUUAGGGAGGAACCUCUCAUCACUUGGGACAGAAUUUUUCAAAGAUGUUUGAGAUUGUCUUUGAAGAUCCCAGGAUACCAGGAGAGAAGCAAUUUGCUUAUCAGAACUCUUGGGGUCUCACAACGCGGACCAUUGGCGUAAUGACCAUGAUUCAUGGAGAUAACAUGGGUCUAGUACUACCUCCCAGGGUCGCUUCUGUUCAGGUGAGCAAAAUCACAUUGAUACAAACCUUUUGCUAGUGCCAAUUCACCUCUCUUUUCCCUCCUAUUUUCUAGAAUGGUGGUGGUGGUGGGGUUUUGAAUCCAGACUAAGAUAGUUACACUUAGAUUCCAUUAAAUUGGUUUACUGGAAACUUAACUGUAAGUCAUGACUAACUUGCCCCAUAGAUUUCCGUAAGACCUAAGCACAACUAACUUAGUCUGGCUCCAAGUCACUGAGUUGACUGGCAAAUAAUCUUAAUGCUUGUGCAGCUGCUGAUGUCCUCUGGCUGUAUCUUUAAGAUGUGGAGGGAAAUAGAGAGAGGAUGGGGAAAUGUUGCGGCAGCCUGCUUCUGUCCACUGGGUGGCAACCAGAAAGAGGGCAUUCUUACUGCAUUAUGAAACAGCCUCCCGAGAGAUCUCGCAGACACCUUCACUUAGGUGUUUUCACUCUCAAUCAACACUUUUUUGCUCCAACACACAUUUACUGGUCCUUAAUUCUGAAGGACUGAGCCAUAUGAAGCUGCCUGGGUUCUGAAAUCUUCAGGGGAGGAACUUCUCUGAGUCCAGCUUCCCUUACAGGGACAUUUAGUGGGCAUUUUGGAGAGGACCUUCUCAGUGGCUGCUCCCAGGCUUUGGAACUCUCUUUCUGGAGGCUGUGUUUGCUCUCUCCUUGUCCUUCCAGCAGCAUCUGAAAACUUUCUUUGGGAACUAACUGCUUUUAAGGAAAGGUAUCCUAAUGGUAUUCUGUACUGUUUUCCCCAUUUACAUUUUAAUAGAUGUGUUUUAAUUCUAUAGGUAGUUUAAUUACUUUUUAUUUAUUUUUUAAUUUUAAAUUUUUAUUGGAAUUUUAUUUACAACACAACCCUCCCACCCCCCAAUACACAUUAAACGCGAACAUAACAUACAGUGAACAUAACAUACAACAAUACAAACAACCAAAUAAAAGACUUCCUUUAUCCUGUAUCUGGCCUCCUUAUAAACUGUGUCCUUUAUGAAUAAUUAUUAAGAUUUUUCUAAUUAUAACUUAAAUAUCCACAAAGUCUCCUGCAGACAUUAAUCAAAACAAGUCCAGGUAUGUAUUUUAGGGCACUGUUUUGUGAAGUAUUCUCUGCAUUUUCCCCCACGCUUUUUGAAACUCUUGUCUAGUGUGAUCUCUAACUGCCUCUGUUAAUCUAGCCAGUUCAAUAUACUCUAACAGUUUAUCUUGCUAUUCCUUUUUUGUUGGCACAGUUUCUUUUUUUCAGUUUAAUUACUUUUUAAACAGCAACCUUUUAUAUGUUUUAAGCUGUGUGUGUUUUAUCUGUGUUUAUUUUAAUUUUUGUGAGCUGCCUUGAGUCCUAGUUCUGGGAAACAAUCAAAUCAAUCAAUACAUAAAUACAUGCAUGAAUAAUUCUGCUCAGUGACUGCUUGGUCACCGUUUUAGUGUAUAUUUAUAAAAUUUUAAUGCAGUUGAUUUUAUUGCGGCACUGCUUCAAUAGUCCUUUUGCUUCAAAACUCAUGGUUUUAAGAGCAGUCUACAAGUUUAGGGCCUAUAUAUUGUAAUUCUUGCAAACAGCAUUUUUGUUAAUGCUCCUAACUCAAUAAUCAUUGCAUCACCACUCAGGUUGUGAUUAUUCCCUGUGGAAUCACCAAUUCGCUUUCGGAAGAAGACAAGGAGGCCCUGAUGGCAAAGUGUGCUGAAUACCGUAAGCAGCUAUUCAGUGCCAAUAUCCGUGCGCGUGUUGACUUGAGAGAGAACUAUUCACCUGGAUGGAAAUUCAAUCACUGGGAGCUUAAGGUAAAUGUUGUUCAGUUCUGUUCUCCUUUUAUGAAUUUCUCAUUGUCAGCCUUUCCUUGGAUGCAUCAUUCAGUAGUAUAUGCAGAAGGAAAAUGGGAGUUAUCAAUAUAUUAGCGACAGUAGACCCUCCUUAGGAACUUUCCCCAUAGUACAUGUCAUCUGUUCUUUAGUUUCCAAUUCUGAUGAGCUCAUCUACUUCAAGAGUGUCUGUGUAAUAAAUUAUCCAACCUCUUAGUAUUGACUUGCUGACAUUGUCUUCUAGGCUGGGAAAGAGUAAUAGCUUGAGUUUUUGCAGUGUAAACUAAACUUUCAGGAUGUCGUCUUAUUGGAGACAUGCUAUUAAUACUGGUCUGGUUUGCAUGUCACUUUAAACCAUACUUGCACUAAACUGUGCUGCUAGGAUCUGAAACUUGGUUUGGCUUAGCUUUGCAUCCAGAGUCAGAGCUUUGUUCUCCAAAGCAUGAGCUGUCUGGAAGGUUUGUUCUUGGCUUUCUACUUGUAGUUUGGGGGAAACAAACAACACGAACCUGGAUGUAAAGCUAAGCUGCAGUGUGGCUUGGCUGUUAGCAGUGCAACAGGAGCAGAAGAGGAACAAAGCACCUGUGAUAGCUUCAGUGGGUGCCUUCACCUUUAAACCAUAGUUUAAAGAUUUGGUUUAAAGUGACACAUUUGUGUUAUAUUAUUCUGGAGUGUGGAAUAAUUUGCAUUUUUGCCAGGUGUAAGUUUCUUGACUAUAACCUGGGGUAGCUCCUUCCCUGAAAUAUUUUUGUGUUCCACUUAAGCAAGGUAGACAGAUGUAAAGAAGUGUAUAAAAUGCUCUGUUCAUGGCCUCCACUUUUUUUUUUCUUUUUAGGGUGUUCCAAUCAGGCUUGAAGUGGGUCCACGAGAUAUGAAAAAUCAUCAGUUUGUAGCUGUUAGACGAGACACAGGAGAGAAGCUGACUUUUGCUGAAAAUGAAGCAGUGGACCAGCUGAGACGUGUUCUGGACAAAAUCCAGACGAACCUUUUUGACAGGUUAAGUUUGGGGGAGGCUGUUUUCAAACUGACACAUUUGCUUCUUACGCUAUGUGUUUCAUUCAUCUGCCUGUCGUUUCACGGGUUUCCAAAGGAAUGAGGAAAUGAACUGAGGAUCAGGGCACAACUAGAAUUAACAUUCACUUAGCCACCCAGCCUGGAUUGCAAUGGAUGCAUGGCAAACUGAGCUGUCUGAAUCACCCUCCCCAAUGAUCUCAAAGUUUCCCAAUAGGUUGGAGCUAGUGGGGUGGGGAAUGGUCGAGUGAAUCCCCCAAAUGGGAACAAUGAAGAGAAUAAUAAUAAUAAAAACAGAGUAGAAAGCAGGAGGGGGUAAAAUGCAGCUCCUCCCUUCUGUGACUCUAGAACUGAUUAUUUGUCCCAUCUUCAAUUUACUCCCCCCCCCAAAAAAAAAAUCUUUCGGAUUGCUUUGCCUGACCAAAAAAGGUCAUCAGUAUAGAAGUUACAGUCCUUUCUAUUGGCAAAUGCUGACUUUUCUCACAAAAAAACUCAAGCCAUCUAAACUGAAUACUAGCCCUUGUACUUUCAGUUUGCUCUUCCACCAUUUUUCAUGGCCUGACACCCAGAGAAGGCAUACUCUAUAUUAAUGGAAUCAAGCUUCUCUUGGAAGUGGAUUCUAGUCCCAAAUUCAAAGGACUUAAAUUUGUAUCCCAAGAGCUACUUUAGGUCUGCAUAAAGACUUCUGUGUGCCUUGUGAAUAUCACAUAGUCACAAAUUCCCCUCAUUUUCAAAAGAGGUGUGGUGUGCAUUGAAGGUUUGAUGCACAGAACCCAAAGUCACCUUGGGCACACAGAAUGAGUUGCACUGUACUUUGGCCUAUUGCACUUUUAUAUCCCACCUUUGACUGCAGCUAAGCAUGUUCCUAACCAUCAUUUGGACUGCUGUGUGGACAAAAACUGGAAUGUAAUUAGUGGGAUGUAAUUCAGAUGCAUUCUCAAGAUCUGGCUCUGUGGUUAAAGAGUUUCUUUUUACAAUAAGUAAAAGCUUAUGUUGACUGAAUUUCUACUGUUUCUCAGAGCUUCUAAAGACCUAAAGAAUCAUAUGGUGGUGGCCAAUACAAUGGAAGAGUUUCAGACUGCACUUGAUUCGGGAAAGGUAAGAAAUCUACAGCAUGAUCAAGACUGGAAUCCAGUGUAUAUUUACAGCCUUAAUGAACCCAGUGUGGCUGUCUUUCAAGGAAGCAUUCGUAAGAAUAGGCUGCAAGUUUUGUUUUUGCAAGUGAAGGCACAAUUGAGCAACACAAAUUUAUUCAGAUUGCAGAAUUAGCAGUUUGUACUGGCCUAAAACAUGAGAGUUUCUUAGGAGUCUCAGAAUAAUUGCAACCUCAAAAAAUGCCAAAUGUUAAAUCGAUAUCACAUUCCUUUGGAAUAAUGCUUGCAAUUUUAAUACAUGUAAUGGAGCCUAUAGUUCAUUAAAAGCUUUAACCUCUUGGCUCAUUUAAUUGCAGCCGCCACUGCAGAAACUUUUCCUUUGUGGUCAGCUCAUUCAUCCUCCAUCAAGGCUAUGGGACAUCUAUAUAUGUCCAUGGCAGUAAGUGAAAAGGAUGCCUCUCCACGUCUUUAAAAACAUUAGUAAAGGUGGAAGGCUGCCUUCCCUGUGACACUUAUUCAGCUGUGCUGCUUUUUCAGCAGAAAAUAGCCAUGCCAUCUCUAAGAAAUAGUAUCAAGUUGAAUUCUAGAUCAGAUACUGUAAUCAAUUCAUUACAAGUAACCGUAAAAUAAUUAGCAGACAAUAUAACUAGUCUUGUCAGUUCAAAGAACGCAUUGCUUGCGUCAAAGAACUCUUUCUAUCUGAUUUAAAUAGAGGUCAACAAGUACAUGCAGAAAAGCUGGAUGACAGGUUAUUGGAAUUGAUAUGAAGGUGCAAUGAAGCACCUUUAAUUGCAGCAAAGUAUUUUAGAUUGCCACAGGAGCGUUUUGUGCUCUGGCUACUGGUUUUACGUUAGAGUUUGAUUCGUGUGAAUUGUUCUCAAAUAGCUUUGACCUAUUUUUAAUAACAUUUAUUAAAGAUAAGUCAUUUUCCAACACGCCUCCUUCAAAACAAGCAGCUGGCUUACGUUGUGGAAUUUAUUUAAACAGAUACAACUUAUGCAUCCUGCUGCUGUUUGUCAUAAACUAAAUUAGGUUUUAGGACCUAGCAUUUUCCAUCCUGUUUUUUCUUCUUCCAUGGGUCAGGAGUGUCAUUGUGUCCAGUGCCAUUGAGUCCAAGUUGAAGGCCUUUAUGUGAUCUGGUGCUGCUGCUGUUCGUAUUGUAGCACUCUUGAGAGGAACAAAAUCCUGCAAACUAUACACAUUUCAUAUUCAUGUUUCCUAGAAGGAUAGCAGGCUCCCUUAAUGUGUGCUUCAAGUUUGAAUCAAUUUCUUUCUUUUCUAAAAGUUGGAGUCAGAAUGAAGUUUAAUCACUCAAACGAUGCUGAAUUAUGAGAAAUUAUUAACUUUCCUACAUGCUGUAUGUGCUAUCUCUUGAAGCUGGGCUUAGUUUAUGUUAAAUUUCAAAUGUAGCAAAUGCCUGUAAAGCCUUUAUGGCUUGGAAAACAAACAAUUCUUUAUUGAAAAGUGAACACGUCACUUGAAGUUCAAGAACUCAUAAUGGUUAUUCCUUUGGUUCUGCAGACCAGGGCAUGUCAUUCAGUUUAACAUGCCAGUCCAGUAAUCUCUUGGGGGCGUGAGUUCCCUACACAUGCACCUCUCUCCCUUUGAGAUGAGCACUUCUGUGUGCAUUAUUGCAAAAUACAUUUGCUUCUGGAUCCAGGAAUGUUUCUGAAAUUCUGGCAAAAUACAUGAAAGCUAAAAUAUUCAAUUAAUCAAUGACUUUUGGAGAGAAAACAUGGCAUUCAAAUUUUCACUUCAAGCAAAUAUGUUAGGGGCUGGUUUUUCUAUGAAUUGUUUGCAGAAUAAGUUCUUAUAACAUUGUCCUUCUUUACACCAUCUGCCUUUAAGUGGUGUUUUACUCAGUUGCACCACUAAGGGGCGACUUUCUAUCUUAAUUUGAAGAUGUUUUUAAAAGUCCAUUCAGAUUCUGCUAACAUUCACCUUCAAGAAGCUCUCUACUGGGGCCAGUUUGUUGAAUGUACACACAAAUAUUAGGCCAGAGCGGCAGGGGAGUGAAAUUUUAUUUGCAGUGAAAUAUAAAGAUCAUAAGGCUUUUGAAUCCUAUCAUCAGACUGACUUCUCUCAAGGCAGCUAAAACAGAUAAACAUUACACUACUUUCUGUUAGACUCAUUUCAGCUAUUUUCCCUUGCAAAUUGGAACAGACAAGUUUUAUUCAAUAUAUAAGACAUUAAUUAAGAUUAAUUAUAUAACCUCAACAAUGUUUAUUUUCCUUUCUGACUUCAGAUAGUGCAGAUUCCUUUCUGUGGCGAAAUAGAUUGUGAGGACUGGAUCAAAAAAACAACUGCCAGGUAAAUAAAUGUUUGUGUAUAGACAUAACUAUACAAAUACAUAAGUACCAAUUGAAAUGAACACUUGCUCUGACAAAAAUAGGAAUUGGUCCUUGUAGUAGAUGUUACGGUAGAUGUAACAUCUACCGUACAGUAGAUGUAAAGAAUCAGCUAACCAAGAAGUGUAAUUUUUCUAAAAGGGAAAGCACUUUUAUUGUAGACCUGUUGGAGGAACAGUUUACAGUGGAACACCAUGACCUGUAUUAAGGUGCCAAGACACUCUUUGGUUCAUGGUUCACCGGAAGCUCUGCAACAUCCCUACUAAUUAUGGGACAAUAGACUGUCCCUCAUUUUUGUCAGACGCGGGUGGCGCUGUGGGUAAAACCUCAGUGCCUAGGACUUGCCGAUCGCAUGGUCGGCGGUUUGAAUCCCCGUGGCGGGGUGAGCUCCCGUCAUUUGGUCCCAGCUCCUGCCCACCUAGCUGUUCGAAAGCACUCUUAAGUGCAAGUAGAUAAAUAGGUACCGCUUUAUAGCGGGAAGGUAAACGGCGUUUCCAUGUGCUGCGCUGGUGCUGGCUCACCAGAGCAGCUUCGUCACGCUGGACACGUGACCCGGAAGUGUCUCUGGACAGCGCUGGCCCCCGGCCUCUUAAGUGAGAUGGGCGCACAGCCCUGGAGUCGGACACGACUGGCCCGUACGGGCAGGGGUACCCAUUUUUGUCAACGCUCAACCUUUUGUCUUUGUAAAGCUCUCUUGCAAAUCUAUAUCACUACCUUAACUUUACUCUUUGCGCAGCAUUAAUUCCUUUGGUUCAAAAGUGUUUUGAUUUCUGCAAAUCAGGCUCACAUUAGGUCACAUGUGAUACCUUUGGUUAGUGCACAAUUGUGGAGCGUUGCCAUUUAGCUCAGUUUUGGGCAUUAAAGGAAAUCUGCUUUCCAUUUCAGAGAUCAAGACCUUGAGCCUGGCGCUCCGUCCAUGGGAGCAAAAAGUCUCUGCAUCCCCUUCAAGCCGCUGUGUAAGCUGGAGAAUGGAGCAAAAUGUGUCUGUGGCAAGAACCUUGCCAAGUUCUACACCCUCUUUGGCCGUAGUUACUAAACUGCUAGUUUGAAACACCAUUUUCUUUAUCUUUCAAGCCCUCAACUUUUUGAAAUAAAGACUGAAAUCUUCCCAGAUCCUAUCACGUUUUUGUUACUUUUUAAGACAGCUGCAAAUAAAGCCAUACAGAGUCAAAGAGCCCCUUCAGUCAGACUAGCAGUGAUGCACAGACUUUUCUGUAUACAACAUCUCUAAUAAUAAAUACAUAUUGUCAGCU